UCUCGAGCAGUGCGCGUCCACACGUCGCGACGACACGGCUCCUCUCGUCGUUCCUUCCGUGAUCGCGAAUUUCGACCGGGCCGUGCGCUACGUAAAGCGUCCACCCUUUGUACACGUGACACUGUUGUCGCCGCGGAGCGCCGGGACGCAUCGCUUCGCACUCGAAGAAACAACUUUAUGUUUCUUCCACCGAAGACAUCUCGCAGCGAUCCAUCGACGAACGAUAGGACGCCGAGGAGAGCUUAAUCCGUUUUUUCUCCGAACGAAGAGGACACGAGAAGGCAUCUCCGACGACGGCGGAGCUGGCGAGAAAAGAAGCGAGAAUUUCGCGCUGGUAACCCACGCUUUUCGGAUUAUCACAGUCGCGAAGGCACGAAGGCAUCGUUUGAUGUCCGACGGAAUGACGAACCCACCCCCCGUAAGCUCGUCGACGACUCAGAGAUCUCCCGGUUCCCUGCUACUUUUCGCUGGAACGCGAGGAACGCGCGUUUAACCGGCGCGAUCGAAGCACCGUAUCUCGAUCCGACGAUCCGGCAGAAGAAAGUUUGGAGAAGAAGGAAGCGUUACGGACGAGGAAGAAAUUAGAAGAUCGCGGCAAUCCUUUUUCGUUGAGUGAUUGAGACUCGGAUUUCAGGGAUCGUCCGUGAGGAUCAACGGCUCGAGACGCUCCCGAGCGUCGGGCGAUCAAAGCCGCGAGAAAAAGAAGAUUUACGACACCCGGUUCGAACGCUCCUUCCGUUUUACGACAGCGCGUACCACUCGGUCAAGAUGAACGUCUCGAUAAUGAGCACCACGAGCGUCAUCGAUUACGCGCGCAAGGCGAGUCCCGACGACUCGAUUAUCCAGAACUGCGAGGCUGACCUGCCGAUCAUCGCGCUGGUCAAUCAGAUCCUCUACUCCAUCGUCUGCGUGGUAGGCCUCCUAGGGAACACUUUGGUGAUCUAUGUGGUGCGGCGGUUCUCCAAUAUGCAAACGGUCACCAACACGUACAUCGUGAAUCUGGCGAUCGCCGACGAGUGCUUCCUGAUCGGCAUACCGUUUCUAGUCACUACGAUGAGCCUGCGCAGUUGGAUCUUCGGCAAGAUCAUGUGCAAAGCCUACAUGACCACGACGAGCAUCAAUCAAUUCACAAGCAGCAUCUUUCUGUUUAUUAUGAGCGCGGAUCGCUACAUAGCCGUUUGCCAUCCGAUAUCUUCCUCGAAACUGCGCACCCCGUUUAUCUCGAAGAUGGUCUCGCUGACCGCCUGGGUCACCAGCGUCCUCUUCAUGAUCCCGAUAUUCCUGUACGCUAACGCGAUGGAGACCGACCAAGGCAUCUGCAACUGCAACAUCUAUUGGCCCACCGAUCGCGGCGGGCACACCACUUUCACCCUUUACACCUUCAUUCUAGGCUUCGCUAUUCCGCUGGUCCUCAUUCUGAUCUUCUACUUCCUGGUGAUCAGGAAGCUGCAGACGGUCGGCCCGAAGAACAAGUCCAAGGAGAAGAAACGCACUCAUCGCAAGGUGACCAAACUGGUCCUCACGGUGAUCACCGUGUACGUUCUUUGUUGGCUGCCCUAUUGGCUGACCCAGGUAGCUCUCAUCUACACGCCACCGAAGCAAUGCCAAAGCAAGAUCACCAUCACCAGCUUCCUGCUGGCAGGGUUCCUCAGCUACAGCAACAGCGCCAUGAACCCCAUUCUCUACGCGUUCCUCAGCGACAACUUCAAGAAGAGCUUCUUGAAAGCGUGCACCUGCGCCGCCGGAAAGGACGUGAACGCGACGCUGCACAUCGAGAACAGCGUGUUCCCGCGGAGGAACAAGGCGAACGCCGAAAAACUCCAGUCGAAUCGACUGGUCCCCUGCGGACAGUCCAGGCUGGAACUGGAAGACGAGGACGCGGAAAGAGGUCUGCUGAUCAGUAAGACGUCCACGACGACAGUGACCAUGACGUCACGGUCGAACAUCACCAUAGGCAACGACGCGAAAGAUUCCGCGCAGAGGGACAGGGACUCGUUGAAGAACGGAGCGCAGCUGACACUGCUCACGCAGGUGUAAACGCACCGAGAAUACCUGACGAUCCAGUGGGCUGAGAGGUGGCCUCUCGGUUCCUCUUGGAUUGCGAGAUAAUCUGCCUUUCUCUUCGUGACCAUCGAGCUCGGGAUUCACCGAGACCAGACGAAGGAAGAACGACAUCUCUUAAGGGAGGGCGUCGCCGUAAAAACUAGCUACCAGUAGUUAUCGAGACAAAAUUUUGAAACUUUGUACUUUUACGUAGCUUUGAACGCAGAAUUCAAUGAUCUAAACAAAAAAAUGCUUGAACAAUUUUUUUGGAUUUUUCGAUACGACUUUUUCUUCAAAUAAUUUUUCUUCAAAGAUGCAAAAAGAUUGUUUGAACAUUUUCUUGUUUAUACCAUAGCAAUUCUGCGUUCGAAACUACGUAAAAGUAGAAAGCUUCGAAAUUUUGCCUCAAUAACUACUGGUAGCUAGUUUUUGUGGCGGCGCCAUACCUUAAAGCGAUUAUUCACCAUCCUAAAGGGAAAUUUGUGACUAGCGGAGCAUGGGGAUCCCUGGAAGAUCGUUCGAGGGCUAGUCGAUAAUCAUGUCCAUCGAAUUUUUCAACGAAUGUCAACGUGUUCCGAUCGAUCUCCUCUUGCAUCGAUCUCACAUGCCCUCUGGACUAUGUCGGCCGCGAACGCGACGAUUCCUUCGCGAAAACACGGGUCUUAUCUCGCGAAAACUAUUCAGAAACACCGAAUUACUCUUUAUAGAAAUGCGCGAAUUGAAAUCGGAGUGCUCUCUGACUCGCGGCAACCGUGGCACACGCUCCGCCAUUACUCUUCGCCGUGAAUGGCUCGAGAGCGGAAGCCUCUUCGCUUACCUAACCUUGGAUAACAGCCGAGAUAAUUGAUGACGUUUCAGUGUUGACGAGUGCACCUUGGCGAACGGGACUGGUUUAGAGCAGGUUAAGACGGAUGGAUUCUAAGGAUGCGCACCAAUUCAAUGGCUCUGCUUCGUAAUCUGCGACGAGUCUUAUUUUCUUACGAUUCUCGACUCAGAAAAGAAAUCUGAACGAACGAAACUAAGUUUUAUGUAUAGGAUGUCCCACUCGAAAGGUGUUAUUCAUGCCUGCUCUUUACCUUGAAUCUACGACGAAGGAAUCCUUCUAUUUGAUGUCAUUUUGUCAGGUUUCCGGGGACAUGGGUAUACUUUUCCCGUUGCGUGUUGUAAUAUUCAGCAAUUACGGUAGUGCAAACCUAACGCGACCUAGAACACUAGAAUCGAUGUCGCGGUGGAUGUUCCACACACUGUUCCUCGGCAACGACCGUCCUUGCGUACCGAUACACGAGAUCGAUCCUUUCGAAAACUGUGAAAAGGAUGGGAUCGAUGACGUCGAAAUGGCUUCGAGUGGGGCGCCUUGUACAUCGAUAGCGAUUAGAAUCGACGUCUGAAACGUGACAGCGGUCGUAUCCAAGUGAAUCGAUUGCUAUUUAACCGUUUUAGUGCCAGGGAUUUUUAAAAAUCCGCGUCGGAUUGUGCCAUGCUGUGCGAUUCGUUCAUUUAUCUGCGAAUAAUGCCGAUCGACGCGGUUGCGUCGAUAAAAACUGCUUAUUUAUGCAGGUGCUUUACGAUUAUUUGCAAAAAAAAAAAAAAAUAGUAAUUACGAGAGGAAGCUCUGAAAUGAUUCUCGACGAGGUACAUUCGGAACCGAGCGCGAUGCGAAUUAACGAUCGUGACCAAACACAGAACGCGAACAACGCGAUCGCUCUGCGAGGCGCUAAAACGGUUUGAAGAAGAAAAAAGAACGUGGAACCAGCCGAAAGGAAGUGGUUUACCGUGCCAAAGACAAACCGUCGCCGUUUCGGGAAUUAACGUUUUGUUCUCCUUAGGAGUGGACUAAAAUUUUUAAUUUGUACUUUCGCGCGUGUCCACCUGUUGGAUGGUAGUACAAAUUUCGCGUAGAAGGAGGUAUCGAUGCCGUUUUACGUCUUCGAGAACGAGACAGAUCAAUCCGCUUCGAGGAGGAGACUCCCCUGGGACCGACGUCUCGAGUUCCUGUCUUAUUUCCUUGCUUCCUCGAUACCCUCUUCCAUUAUUUCGAAUCGCGGCGAGGACUCGUUUAUUCGACGGGUUCAGACGAGAAUGUCGCUUCGCGGCUGAUCGUUGACUCGUUGCAGUCAGAUUUAGAGACUCGGUAGAGCAGUAACGAAAUUGGACUGCAAAAAGUUGACUUUCAUUCGCGAUUCUCUCUGAUUUUAAAUGUUGGUCGCCUUGCAGAUGAUUGUUAAUUUGUUGCAGUUGCAUACGCAAGUUCCUUUAGAUCGAUGGAACGAUGAAACGAAGCACCGAUCAUGGGCCACGUGAGCGUGAACCAACAACGAAAUGCGACUGCAAAAGAUUGAUUUUCGCUCUUCUUAGAUGUAGAAGUUUCAUCGAUAAUCUCGUUCAGAGACUCGUUCAUAUACGCACACGACGAACCAACGGACUACAUCGAAGGGAAAUUCUAAUAUCACGAUCGAGAACCGCGAAGUACUUAGUCUUUAUUCGUUACAUUUAAGAAACAUGGUUCUUGUUUGACUCGGUCGUAGCUCGGGACGCGAACGAGCGUCGCAAGUGCCGCGAGGUUCGAUUACAAACGAAUUAGAAUUCGAUAAGGAUUCAACGAAGUCGAGCUACCGAUGAAUCGAUGCUGCAUGAUCGUCAAUUGUCGUAUUAAAGAAGCAAACGUGGAAAUCGUCAACUGUACCAAUUUUCUGUAUCUGCUAAGUGAUUGUAAGAUAAAAUAAAGUAAGGAGAAUUGAAUGUGUACAAUCGUGUGAUCGAAACCGACUGCUCUCGCGAGCGAUACUCCUUUGACAACCACAGAUUCGAAUCGUGAAUUGAGCCAUUCGUUGCACAAAUCAAUUAACUCCAUAACACAAAAAGUUGAGAAAUGCGAUCAAAAUGGCCUCUGAAAUAAAUUAUUUAUUCCUCAAUAGCCAAACAAAUUUUGCCGUUUAAUGGUAUUAAUCUUUAUAAUUCAGGAUGUUACAAAUAUAAAGUUUUAAAUUUAAAAUUUUUCAAAAAGUGGAGUCAAUCGAUUUGUGCAGUGAACAACUCAAUUCUUCGUUGGCCCUCGAUAAAUCCGAAAUCCGUGAAUCGCGAAGCACAGUAGCGCUGAUUGCUCGACGGCGUUCGCCUUCCAAUCGGCUUCUUAGCUUCGACGAGCGUUGCAGCGUAUUCUCUAGAAUAGAAUUUCGCUGCUCCCGAUGAAUUCGAAAGUCGAAUGCAAGACGACCGUAAAAGGCGACGCCCGAAUUACUCAUUUCAAUAGGAAUACGUAGUCAAACGUUAAACCAAACAUCGUGCUCUAUUCGAAGUCCCCGGUGAACGAUAAAUUCCCAAGAAAAGAAUGGCGAACUACGCGUCUCUCGAACUGUUACCCUGCUUUCUCGAAAUUUUACAAAGUCGGGACGAUUGUCGUUGAAUGCUUCGAGUUCUAAGGCGAGAUCGAGGCGUGAUUCACGGUACAAGCGAAACGGAGGAAAGGCGUCGAGCAGAAAUGGGAGGCUUGGCUUUCGAAAAGCUCGCGCUUUGGACUGACGCGUUGAGGAAAGUUGUUCCAUUUCAGAAGAUUGAUCAUUUUCUGUUGUUGUGACGAGUGGAGUGUGGAAUGUUUAGGUUUUAGGGGUUAUUUUGAUAGAGAUAUAAAAAGAUAUCUUAUGUUCGACAAUUUUUGGUAACGUUGUCUUACAGUUUUGUAUUUUCCAAGAAUGAUCGUUUCAAUUUCCCAGCGGCUGGUCAAAACAGAGCUACCUACUUCACUCACUCCGUAUCGGAAAAGUAAUUCGCGAAGCGGUAAUAUGGAACGGGCGAUCCGUCUGGAGCUGCUCUUUUUUAUUGCCGGGUCUCGCGUCGAAGGAAACUCUCGCCGAAGGCUAUGUACACGUGCUCGGGACGAGGUCGGUCGUAAAAUGAGCUUCGCUAUGCCGAACCGUGUCACGUGCGAGUGCAGUUUGUUUUGGAUCGCUAAUUUCAGUCCACACACGUGCUUGCGCGAACCGCAAACGGGCGCAAGCCCCGACUGUUACGUGGCUCGUUCGUAAUUCCCGCUCAAAUGCGUUCGGAAAACCGAUGUAUAUCGUUGUAAAAGUACUCUCAUAAACUUGCAAUAGACAUAGAACUGCUACUAUGGUCUGCGAAGUUGGCACGGAUGAUUUCGUGAAAAGAGACUCUUUAACAAGGUUUAACAUUACACCUACCACGGCUCUCAAACAUUUGUAUACAGUUCUUAUAAGCUAUAUAUUAAUUAUAUACAAUUGUUUCAUACAUUAUUCAAUUUAAUUCCAAUUUAAUUGAAAAUAUUUUUGCAUUUUAUUGAAAAAAGUGUCUCUAAACUAGUCAUUUGUCCCAUUACGAUACAAAUAGUUACAAAUGAACGUCGGUAGGUUUAAUGUUAAAUUGUAGGUGAUUCCGAAAUCUUACCUCUCUGCUCUUUUCUUAAAAGUAUGAUUAUUGAAAGAAGUUCAUUGAUUCUAUUUCAUCGAUCAUGUUAGAAUUGUAAAUACAGAUUGGAUUGGACUUUCUGAAAGCUUAUUUAACGAAGCACAUUUAGCUUUUGCCAACAGGGUCAAAAGUUCCUU